GUAACAGAUAAAAUUUGGCGAGAGCGUAAUAUAAGGAAAGUUAGGAAAUCAGAAUCUGUGUGACGACUGUCUGAGCCGGCAAAGAAGAAAAAAAAGAUGAUAAGUACAGAUGUCAAUAUUUGAUUGGUGGACCCCACAUCCCGUGAAAACAAACAAUACGUUUUCCACUUCUCCAAAUUUCCCUAUUUAAACCCUUUCGUUAGCCAGAUAAACCAGUUUUCAGUUUAGAGUUAAUCCUGAGUGAUCGUCUCUUUGUUUUAUCGAAAUAUCACAUCCAGAGAUUUCACCUUUAUCCUACCGGGAUGGCAGGCGGAGGAUUAGCGGUAGCCGCCGCCGGAGGAGUAGAGUUUGAGGCCAAAAUCACGCCUAUUGUCAUCAUCUCAUGCAUUAUGGCAGCAACCGGCGGCCUUAUGUUUGGUUACGACGUCGGAGUUUCAGGUGGAGUGACGGCGAUGCCAGAUUUUUUGAAGAAGUUUUUUCCGGUGGUGUAUAGGAAGACGGAGGAAGGCAAACUUGGUAGUAAUUACUGCAAAUAUGACAAUCAGGGCUUACAACUAUUCACUUCUUCCUUGUAUCUCGCUGGAUUGACAGCAACUUUCUUCGCGUCUUACACCACGAGGAGACUUGGAAGAAGGCUGACUAUGUUGAUUGCCGGAGUUUUCUUCAUCUUCGGAGUUAUCUUCAAUGCCGCUGCUCAAAACCUUGCCAUGCUCAUUGUUGGGAGGAUUUUGCUUGGUUGUGGUGUUGGUUUUGCUAAUCAGGCUGUUCCAGUAUUUCUAUCGGAAAUAGCACCCACAAGAAUACGUGGAGGUCUCAACAUCUUGUUUCAACUUAAUGUUACAAUUGGGAUUCUUUUCGCCAACCUCGUCAACUAUGGAACAGCAAAGAUUGAAGGGGGUUGGGGGUGGAGACUCUCCCUAGGGUUAGCCGGAAUCCCGGCGUUGAUGUUGACAGUCGGCGCACUCUUGGUGGUUGACACACCAAACAGUUUGAUCGAAAGAGGCAAAUUAGAAGAAGGAAAAGCUGUUCUAAGAAAGAUACGAGGAACUGAUAAUGUGGAACCGGAGUAUUUAGAGCUCGUUGAAGCAAGUCGUAUCGCUAAAGAAGUCAAACACCCAUUCCGCAACCUCCUCCUCCGCAAGAACCGACCACCACUCAUCAUCUCCAUCGCCCUACAAUUCUUCCAACAAUUCACCGGCAUCAACGCCAUUAUGUUCUACGCACCGGUGCUAUUCAGUACCCUCGGCUUCGGAAACGACGCUUCUCUUUACUCCACCGUGAUCACCGGCGCCGUCAACGUCCUCUCCACGAUCGUAUCAAUCUACUCCGUCGACAAACUCGGUCGUCGGAUUCUUCUCCUGGAAGCCGGAGUCCAGAUGUUCUUCGCACAAGUUGUAAUCGCAAUCAUCCUCGGAAUCAAAGUCACCGAAACCUCGGAUAACCUCAGCACUGGUUUCGCUGUUCUGGUUGUGAUCAUGGUGUGUACGUUUAUCUCGGCGUUCGCGUGGUCGUGGGGGCCGUUAGGGUGGUUGAUUCCGAGUGAGACUUUCCCGCUCGAAACACGGUCAGCCGGGCAGAGUAUUACUGUGUGUAUAAACUUGGUGUUUACGUUCGUGAUUGCUCAAGCUUUUCUGUCGAUGCUUUGCCAUUUUAAGUUUGGGAUCUUCUUGUUCUUUUCGGGGUGGGUGUUGAUUAUGUCGAUUUUUGUGUGGUUUUUGGUGCCGGAGACGAAGAAUAUUCCGAUUGAAGAGAUGACGGAGAGGGUGUGGAAGAAGCAUUGGUUGUGGAAGAGGUUUAUGCAUGAUGAUGAUGAGUAUGUUCAUCAUGAUGAUUUGGCAAAGAAGAAUGGGUUUGUUGGGCCUUUGUAGAGACUGGGCCUGUUUGUGUGAAAAUAUUAGGGUAAAGCUAUACAAAAAUAAAAGCUAUGGAAUAUGGAGUAUAAUUUAGUUGAUGUUUAUGAAUUGCUUUUAUUUUUUUAGUCGGUAAAGUAUAAAACCGAAUAAGAAAAACAAUUCUAGGUUUUAAAUUUUAAUCUUGUUUGACCUUCUUCCUAUAUGAAUUUUACAACACUCUGAUGACGUUGUGACA